CCUCUGUGUAAGUUUGACCUCCAUCUAAAGGCUUUACUAUUGUCUGAUUCAGUGGCUGCAGUAGCAACCAGUAUUGUCCAGACACACAGGUGCGCAUUAAUUCUACACGCAGGCGCAGCAUCACACUUAGAGUUGCUUUCAACAUGACACAAAACCCAGCAGCUGUGCAGAAGAAAAUUACAGUGCUGAACCAACACAAGGAGAAACUAGUUGGUGUAUUGCAUGAUACUGGAUCUAUGGAGAUCGUGGUCUUGUGUCAUGGAUUCAGAUCCUCUAAGGACUUCAACACCAUGUUGAACCUUGCUUUUGCAUUGGAGAAAGAAGGAAUCAGUGCAUUUCGCUUUGAUUUUCCAGGAAAUGGUGAAAGUGAAGGUUCAUUUCAGUAUGGUAACUACCGUAGAGAGGCGGAUGACUUGCAUUCUGUGGUUGAAUAUUUCAAUGGAGAAAACCGCAAAGUAACAGCAGUCCUUGGACAUAGUAAAGGAGGGGAUGUUGUGUUUCUAUAUGCUUCUAAGUAUCGUGAUGUUCACACAGUCAUCAAUUUGUCUGGCCGUUAUAAUCUAGAGAAAGGCAUUGCAGAGCGCUUAGGCAAGGACUUUCUGGAACUAAUCAAGAAGGAUGGCUUCAUUGAUGUUAAAAAUAGAGCAGGAGACGUUGAUUACCGUGUUACCGAGGAAAGUUUAAUGGAUCGGCUUAAUACAAACAUGCAUGAUGCAUGCCUUCAAAUUGACAAAGGAUGCAGGGUAUUGACAGUUCAUGGGUCCGCUGAUGAAAUUAUUCCAGUGGAAGAUGCUUUAGAAUUCGAUAAAAUCGUACCAAACCACAAGUUACAUAUCAUCGAAGGAGCCAAUCAUAGCUAUACGUCACACCAAGCUAAGUUAUCGCCUGUGAUCUUGCCAUUCAUAAAGGAAGGUCUGCAACAGAACUAGGAUACUAUAUAGGUACUUUGGGAUGCUACUACUGUUGAAGUUCUGGGUUUACGUAGCUCUGGGAACAGGCUAUUACAAUCCAACUUGUGCAAAUGAAACUACUGGCAGGGUGUUAGCUGAACUUGUCAGUGUAAUUCAAAACUUGGGGAUUCUUCAUACUAGAUAUUGAACUUCAGCAGAUUCAGUAUGAGAUGAACGUGUAACCCGAUGAACUAGAGAACGUCUGUUGCACUUAAAUGGCAUUUGGAUUUGUAUCUUGAGCUUGCAAAAUAAAGGAUUGUAAAACUGCAGACACCCACAUUUUAUCUUUUCUAUGUUGACUGUUUGUCAUGUCAAUUUUAUAACAAUAAUAAUACGUGUUUCACACUAUUUCAGCGAA